AUGGGAAUGAGCAACCUAAUUGGAUCGCCAAGGAAGCUGCUACUAGUCUGGAAACUUAAAGAGAAAAGGGAGGAAUACAACAGGGAAGUAAAUGAACUUAGAAAAAGACUUGCAGACCGAGAGAAUACAUCUUGUGAAGAACACUGGAACCAGAUGAGCGAAAUACUAGAGGAAGCUGCUAAAAAAUGUUGCGGGCAAACUAGGGGUGAUAGAUCAAGAGAUAAUGAAGCCUGGUGGUUAAAUCCAGAAGUACAAGAAAAGUUAAAAGAGAAGAAGACAGCAUACAAGAACCUAAAACAAGGAACAGGGAACCUUGAUGAUUACAAAAAGCUGAAAAAAAGCCAAGAAAGCACUUGCAACUGCAAAGGAAGAUGCUUGGAAAGAUUGGUACGACAAUCUGGAUACCAAAGAAGGUGA